UCCCUGUCCCCCCCCCGCCGCCCACGGAGCUCCCCCGCCGCCGGGGAUGGCGCCGCCGGCUGCGCCCGUGCGCGCCUGAGCCGCCCGGGGCGAGCCCCCCGCCUCGGCGGGAGGAGGAGGAGGAGAGAUGAGCCGCUUCCAGCCCGGGGUCGCGCUGCUGCUGUCGCUGCUGUGGGAGUGUACAGAGGCCAAAAAGCAUUGCUGGUACUUCGAAGGAUUAUAUCCUACAUAUUAUAUAUGUCGCUCCUAUGAGGAUUGCUGUGGUUCAAGAUGCUGUGUAAGAGCUCUCUCUAUCCAGCGACUAUGGUAUUUUUGGUUCCUUUUGAUGAUGGGAGUUCUGUUCUGUUGUGGAGCUGGUUUCUUUAUCCGAAGACGGAUGUACCCUCCUCCACUAGUAGAAGAACCUGCUUUUAACGUGUCUUACACCAGACAACCAGUCAACACUUCAUCAGGGUCACAACAACCUGGAGUGCCGUAUUACACAGACCCGGGUGGACCUGUGAUGAAUCCCAUGGCUAUGGCUUUCCAUGUCCAGCCCAAUUCCCCACAAGGAAACCCGGUUUACCCACCCCCACCUUCCUACUGCAACACACCACCUCCCCCUUACGAGCAGGUGGUGAAAUCCUCCACCUGAGGACUCUGGCUCUCUGACCUGACUGUGUGAGAUGAAGGUGCCAUUGCAAAAUGAGCAAGAUGGAGGGGACAUCUGCCCUUCUGAACACUUGCUAGUUCUCUAAGUCCUCUCUCUCUCUCUCUCUCUCUCUCUCUCUCUCUCUCUCUCUCUCUCUUCCUCUCUCUCUCCCUUCCCUGCACCUUUCCUCAUUAAAGUUCCAUGCAAAGGGGUGAUUUAAAUUUUUUUCUUCCUUUUUUUUUUUUAGUAGAAGUGGAUUUUUUUCUUUGUUUUCAAAAUGAGAGAAGUUGUCUUUGUAAUGCUUUUAAUGGAAACCUAUAUUUAAAACCUGUAUGUCUUUCUCUUUAUUUAUUGUUCAUUUCAAUCAUGGGAUGAUUUGCGUUGUGGCAGGCUAAUGAGAGGUGUUCUUUAUGCAACCCCAGAGUGAUGUGCAUACUAAGACCCUGUAGCAGAAGUGCCCUCAUCUAGUAGAAGAGGUGGGACAAUGCUUUGACUAGAAAUGGUGACCACCAUCCUUUUCUUUGAGAAUUUUCUUGUACAAUUUGCUUUUGAUGCAAAACAAAGAUGCUGUGACUGGAGCACCAGCACUGGUCAAGUCAUGGCAGGGGCUUUGCCAAGUACUCUAGAAAAGGAGUCCUUACUUUAAAAGCAAAGGAUCAGGACUUGAGUGUUUCUUGACCAGCACGUGGACUCUGCUUGUGCUAUCAGCAUCUUGGCUCCUCUUAUUUUGCCAGCAGUGAGAAUGUAUGAAGCAGGUAAUGACUUACAUGUUGGUGGUGAGAGGGAGGUGUUACAAUCUCAGAGCUACAUGUGCUUGUGCCUCUCGUGUUUUGCUGUGAGCAGCCCCAGGAUUACCAGUUCACUGCCUUAUGCUCGUGGCUGCCUCCCUGAGUGACCACAAGUCAACAUCUUCAAAUCAACACAGCGCCCCUUUCCCUGGGAGGGCUCUCAGGCUGCUCCAUGUCCAGCAAAAAUGCGAAGCUACUGUGAGAUGUGGCUGCGUACUAAUGGAGCCUUCUCCCUUUGUGCAUAUUCAACAUCGUGUCACUAAGGAAGGACAAAAAGAAGAUGCCUUCUAAUGCUGAAGUACCUGCAGAAACAGCAGAGCUGAGAGUUAGGAAGGAGUUCAAGACAGUCCUUUGAGUACUGAGUGAUUGCAAGUCCUCACUGCCAGUACACCAACUGCUCCUCUGUCACUCCAGCCAGGGCACAGAGGUUACCUUGAGGUGGUCUGGAGUCAUCUAAGAGCUGUGCUGCUAGCGCUGUUACUGUGUGCCAGUGGCUUGUGAGAACUUGUUCCUAGGUGGGCAGCUAGAUUUGUGAAUGGGCAGAACUAUUAGGAACUUGUCUCCAACAGAAAAUCUGGUAAGGGUCACUGUUUCUAAAAGCUGCUGGUGGAGUUAGCAGUCAUCUGGAGCUGAGUGAGCUUUUGAGGAGCUCAUUACCACAGCCCUGACUUGGGUGAAAUGGUAACUAAGGCUUUCCCUUGUUAUGCACCAUCGUAAGGGACAAAGCAAAGGACCUCAGUUUGUGCAGUGCAGGCUCGGCAGACGCUUAU